UUUCUCUUCUUCUGUUUCGGAAAAUUUUGAAAAUAUUGUGAGAGCUUUAUUUUUCGGGCUCUUUCGUUUUUCAUUUCUACUUUGUUCCUAUAAAAGGGAGCUGAAUAACAAGAGGUGGUAAAAAUCAAGGACAAAGAGAGGAAGGCAGGCACCCGGUUUUGGUUUUGGUUUUGUGUUGCUAUCAAUCGUCUCACUUCUCUCCUUCGUACCAAAAAAAAAAAGGUUGAGUCUUUAGUGCCUGAGAAGCGGUUUACACGGCCCGAGGUGGACGGCGUAGUGUUUUUCAGAAGAUUUGGGUAUUGGGUGGGUGGUUUUUAAUUCAAAAGAUAUAGUCUUUUUUUUUUUUUUUUCCUUCUUUCUUCUUUUGGGUUUUGUAUAUAUUUUAUAUUAUUGGGAUUUGGUGCUGGGUUGGUUUUGGAUUGUGGGAAAGAAGGCUUUGGGUGGCUAGAUUGUGUGGUGGUUUGUAAUAUUUUUAAAUGAGAGGUUUUGGGGAGUGGUGUUUGAUGGGUCAUUGUUGAUGGCUGGAGAAGAGGUUUGAGAUUGUUGCAUGGAAGAUCUGGUGAAGAAGAAGAAGAAGAUGGUGGUGGGUGAAUUGGAAUCUGGGUUUCUGAAGCGUUUCUAGUGUGGUUUUCAGGAAACGGGGAAUUAGAGGUUGUGGAUUUGUGAUUGUAGUCCAUGGAUGUUUUAGCUGAAACUUUAGUCUAUAGUGGGGGUUUGAAGGUUCACAGGUAAUUUACUGAUUGAUGGAUUGAGGAAGCAGUUCUUUGGAUGCAAUGUUAAAGGCAUUAGCAUCUGGGCUAUCAAUUUCUUUGCUCCUCGUAUGUGUUUCGGCGUCUGAUAAUGGAUUUCCGCGGUGCAAUUGUGACGACGAGGGCAGCUUGUGGAGCAUUGAGAGCAUUCUAGAAUGUCAGCGAGUGAGCGAUUUCUUGAUUGCGGUGGCCUACUUUUCGAUCCCCAUUGAGCUGCUUUACUUUAUCAGCUGCUCGAAUGUACCUUUCAAAUGGGUUCUCUUUCAGUUUAUUGCCUUCAUUGUGCUAUGUGGAAUGACACAUUUGCUGAAUGGCUGGACUUAUGGUCCUCACCCUUUUCAGCUAAUGCUUGCUCUCACAGUUUUCAAAAUUCUCACUGCUCUGGUAUCAUGUGCCACUGCUAUAACGCUCAUCACUCUCAUUCCUUUGCUUCUCAAAGUCAAAGUGAGAGAAUUUAUGUUGAAGAAGAAGACUUGGGAUCUUGGAAGAGAGGUUGGAAUUAUAAUGAGACAGAAAGAAGCUGGAAUGCAUGUUCGAAUGCUUACCCAAGAGAUUCGCAAGUCUCUUGAUAGACAUACAAUAUUGUCCACAACCCUUUUUGAGCUAUCUGAGACAUUGGGUUUGCAGUACUGUGCAGUUUGGAUGCCUAAUGAAAUUAAAACGGAGAUGAUCCUGACCCAUGAGUUGAAAGGGAGGAAUUAUUCUAAUAUGUACAACUUUUCUAUACCAAUAGGUGAUCCAGAUGUUGUACUUAUCAAAGGGAGUGAUGGGGUCAACAUCCUUGGGCCAGAUUCAGCACUCGUGUCUGGAAGCAGUGGUGAUUUUGGUGAGCCGGGACCAGUAGCUGCAAUACGGAUGCCAAUGCUUCGGGUUUCCAAUUUCAAAGGGGGGACCCCUGAGUUGAUCCAGACUUGUUAUGCGAUGUUGGUUCUGGUUCUCCCUGGUGGACAGCCUAGAUCUUGGAGCAGCCAGGAACUUGAGAUAAUUAAGGUGGUUGCUGAUCAGGUGGCUGUGGCUUUAUCCCAUGCUGCAAUCCUUGAAGAGUCCCAACUUAUGCGGGAACAAUUGGCUGAGCAAAAUCGAGCCUUGCAACAGGCGAAGAUGAAUGCUAUGUUGGCAAGCCAAGCAAGAAACUCAUUCCAGAAGGUAAUGAGUGAUGGGAUGAGAAGGCCAAUGCACUCAGUUUUGGGGUUGCUUUCCAUGAUGCAGGAUGAGAGUUUGAAUAAUGAUCAACGAGUUAUUGUUGAUGCAAUGGUGAGGACGAGCAAUGUCCUAUCGACCUUAAUAAAUGAUGCGAUGGACAAUUCAGCCAAGGAUAGUGGAAAAUUUCCUUUAGAGAUGAGAUCUUUCCGGUUACAUUCAAUGAUAAAAGAAGCAGCUUGCCUUGCCAAAUGCUUGUGUGUGUAUAGGGGAUUUGGUUUUGCAAUUGAGGUUGACAAGUCCUUAGCUGAUCAUGUAAUGGGAGAUGAAAGAAGGGUUUUUCAGGUGAUUUUGCAUAUGGUUGGGAGCCUGCUGAAUGGAAACCAGGGGGGAGGGUUGGUCGUGUUUCGGGUUUCUUCAGAGAAUGGAAGUCAGGGGAGGAAUGAUCAAAGAUGGGCACCUUGGAGACAAAACUCAUCUGAUGCUGGUGAUGUAUAUGUUAGAUUCGAGAUUGGGAUAAGCAACGGUGGUUCUCAAUCAGAUGGCACAAAUCCAACGAUGCAGCUUGUUGGUAAGAGAUACAACAGUGAAGGAGUUGAGGAGAACUUGAGCUUCAACAUUUGCAAAAGGCUAGUGCAGUUGAUGCAAGGAAACAUAUGGGCAAUCCCCAAUCCUCAAGGAUUUGCUCAAAGCAUGGCACUUGUUCUCCGGUUUCAACCUCGGCAGUCCAUUGCAAUAACCAUCUCUGAACCUGGAGGAUCAUCGGAGCACUCGCAUUCAAAUUCUAUUUUCAGAGGCUUGCAAGUUCUGUUAACAGAUGAAGAUGAUGUGAAUAGGGCUGUGACCCGGAAACUGCUUGAGAAGCUAGGUUGCAACGUAACCGCUGUUUCCUCUGGAUUUGAAUGCCUUUCUGCCAUUGGUCCCUCUGGAGCUUCUGUCCAAGUCGUUUUUCUAGAUCUCCAAAUGAUCGAGUUGGAUGGUUAUGAAGUCGCAAUGAGAAUUAGAAAAUUUCGAAGCCGCACUUGGCCAUUGAUCAUCGCUGUAACUGCCAGUGCAGAUGAAGAUGUUUGGGAUAGAUGCAUGCAGAUUGGGAUCAAUGGAGUUAUCCGAAAACCAGCAUUGUUGCAAGGGAUUGCCAGCGAGCUAAGAAGAGUCCUGGUGCAGGCAAACAAAAUUGUGUGAUGACACCGCAGCGCUUCAUAGUUUGCACAAUGGAUGAAGUAGCAAGUUUCUUUGGCUCCAAAAUCAUCAUUCCUUCUCCGAACAUCAAAAGCAUAGAGGUGUUACACCAACAUUCACAGUUAGAAUGGUAUACAAGAUUAAAAUUAGCUCCUUUUUUUUUUUUUUUUUUUUUCUCUUGUGCGAUCGAACUUGUUAUAAAAUAUAUUUACAUAGAUAGUUUCAGACUCA